AUGCCACCGAGAAAUCCAGAAUCACCCUCACUGAUGAAAACAACCGGAGGUACUGUGACACCCCUCGAGGUGCCCCUCCCAUCUGCCGAGGCUGUCCCCUCAAACUCCGCUCGUCACCUCUCCAACACCUGUCGGUCCAGGUACUCCUCCGGCCGCCCAUGCUGGCCCGCUCCGGACCCUGCUUCUGCCCCUUGGUGCCCCCCACUCCUUUGUAGCCCCUCCGCAGCAUACGCUGAACCCCAUUCUGCAGUCGGCUGUGAAUUCCGGUGUCCGCCAGUGCCCAGAUUCCCCGCAGCAAGCUCUUCGGAACCUUGCGCAUUCGGCCUGCUUUUCCCCGCUUUCCUGCUUCCUCAGCUUGCGUGUGUAGCGUCAGCUCCGCAUGCUUUCCACAUCAGCCGCAAGCAUUCUGCAUACGCCCAAACAAACCAGCCAAAGCUUUGGUCAAGGUGCGCUCUUGCCGCCACACCGCAGCAACCACUGGAGGAGUCCGCGCAGAUCCUCAUUCCACUAUUGUCAGCCUGCUACUAUUCAGAGACAGCCUGA